AUGAAAGAGAUGUUUAGGCCGAUGUUGAGGAUGGUGUUGGUGAUGGUGUUGGUGAUUAAGGGAAUAUGGGAGAGGUGGAAAAAUUUAAGAAUGGGGGUGUACCAGAAGGCUGGACCUGGGGACAAAAUAAUGGAUUCCUUCUACGGGUCCGAAGAAGACACCGAGAUAGAAAUUAGCCAACGUAGCUACUGGAGACGCUCAUUUCCACCACAAACAGCCGAGAUCCGAAGCUUGAGAGACAAGCAUUGCUUCAAGCUAGGCGGAGUCACUGAUGAGAGGAGGAAGACAAACUGGUUGAGGUGUUUCCAGUUUCACGGAUCAUUUCAGGAUCGCAGGGACAGAGUAGACAUCGAGGACGCAGAGGGGAGACUGGGGGUCACCAUUGAGGAAUCUGAGAGGAUGAAGAGGGAAAGGAGGAGAAGGACUCGGAGAAAGGUAAUGCUAGAGAGUUCAGAGAAGAGGAACGUGGGAGACACCUGGGAGAGACGUUAUGAUGAUUGA